AUGGCUAAUGGGUGGAGCAUCUUCAUCGGCCUGUUCGUGGUUGUCUGCAUGAGCGUGGGCGCCUGGGUCCUGUCGCCAAAGGGCGAGAAUCAAGUCCUCUGGCGGUCGUCGCUGCUUCUUACCUUUGCGUGCUGCUACCUGAUGUGGGCCAUUACGUUCCUGGCCCAGCUGCAUCCCCUGAUCGAGCCUCGGCGGAGUGACUUGAGGGCGGCCUUUAUCCACGAAUGA